AAAAUGAUGAUGCUGAAAACGUCAAAACAACAUUGAUUUGAUAAAAAUUCAGAAUUCCAUCAGAGAUUAAAUUUAGCUUUUAAGUAUUAAUUCGCUGAAAUUAUGCCUGAAUCGGCCGUGGCGGUGUUCGAAAAAGAUAACUUCAAUGCCGAGAAGUAUGUCAAAGAAUUGGUUCAGGAUUGCGUGGGCGGACCGGAGCUGCAGCAGACCAAAGGCAAGAUCCAGAGUCACAGCGACCUGGUAUCAUCUACCUUGAAGAAGCAUGUCUACGAAAAUUAUAUGCAGUUUAUCGAGACGGCCAAGGAGAUUUCCCAUCUGGAAUCGGAAAUGUACCAACUGUCGCAUAUCCUGAUCGAGCAGCGUAAUCUACUGUCGACUUUGAGGGACGAGUCUAUGCUUGAUGAUCAGAAGUACAUUAUCGAGGAUCAGAGUAUUGACCCGAACGACAAUGAGGAACAGCAGAACAAGAAGGCAAUCCAAUUGAUUAAGGAAUCGUUAAUUGGAUAUAAGGGAAAUUUGGAUGACAAAGUAUUCAUUUACGAGGGCGGUUUAAUCGAACUGGACUCCAAUGAUUACCGUCCCAUCUGUCGGAUCCACUUGUUUCUUUUCAAUGAGAUACUGGUUCUGGCCAAAGUUAAACACGACAAAAAAUUGGAAUUCUUGACGGAGUACGACACCAAAAAAAUAGCCGUUAUCAACAUCAAAGACUUGGACGGGGUCAACAAGAAUGCGAUCAAUGUCUUCACCAGCGACGGGGCACGCAUCUUUCAGUGCGUCAAUUCGGCUUCAAAGCUGGAGUGGAUCGACAAGUUCGAAGUGGCUAUUAAAUUCAAUCAGCUGAAGCACAAAAAGGGCCCUGCCCCACAGCCGCCGGCUCUCAAGUUUGAACACCAGCAGAAAUCGGUUGACAGUCAGAUGCUCAGCCCGACGGCUUCCGACGUGGUUCCGAUUGUGGAGAAGCUGGCGCCAGAUUGGUUGGCUUCGGCACCGGAAGAAAUCCAAGCGGAGAUUGCUCAACGGCACUUUGAGGACUGCUUGGCUUUGGUACAGAAGUGCGAAGAAUAUUUGGAGAAAGAUAGCGGAUUUCGCGGGGCGGCUGAAAUAAGGAAAAAGAUUAAGGGUUUGAAGAGCACAUUGUCUUCGGUACUGAUGCAGGAACUGUCUAAUUCGCAAAGUCGUAGUUUGCAGGCUGCACUGCGUUCCAGUAGACGGCCUUUGAAGUUGCUGGUAGAGAUGGGGAAAGCCCGCGAAGCGUGUGGGAUACUGUUGAGAGUUUGUAGCAGUGCUAUUCGCACAUCACAGAGACAGGCUCGUCGUAAUAAUCUGGCAGUAUCGGAGCUAUUCUUUUGCGAUGUGGCACAGGUGGCUAGCGAAUUUCUGAGAGCUUUCAGUAGCAAAGCAUCUUGCACCAGUGCCUUGAUCGUUUGGUGCAACAUGGAGCUGCAGUAUUUCGCUUCGCAACUUAUCAAGCACUAUCUUACGAAGGACACUCAAUUGGAGAUGGUGGCAAAGGUGGUGGAAGGCGUCAGGGAACCUUGCUCUAAGCUGACCGACAUUGGUUUAGACUUGUCCUACCACAUGGAAGGUUUGCUGCGUAAUACUUUGGAGCAGCUCCUGGAGGAAGCUAAAUUUCGCUUGGUAGAUUCAAUCGGGCGAACCGAAGAUGUGUGGCAGCCUUACAAUCUACAGACAAAAGCCAAUUUGAGGAGCGUUCUGAAAGAGUUUGAUGCGUUAGGAUUGGAUAUGAAACCGCUAGUAACAGGGGAUACCUGGAUUAAUCUGACACAAACUUCGGUAAACUUUUGUAGACAUUUUCUCACAACUACGGAGAGUUGCGCCUAUCUGGCUAGAUAUGAUUCUUUGACGCUAGAUGCAGAAAUGCUUCUGAAAGAACUUUUCCUGGCGCAACACGCCGUGAAGCCGCAUCCCUCGAUGAGUGUCGAUCUCAAUUUUAUCUCAAAGAACAAGGUCUACAUGGGCGAAGUUUUGCUCCCGAUUGCUAUCGCCCGCUUCGAGAAAAUUUCUGACAAAAAGCCGGAACUGCUCUUAGAGCUACAAGUACAACUUCGGGCUCCUCCUAAACCUAAACCACGAAGCGUUUACAAAACGGACGUUCUAUAAUUCUAUAUUUCUUACAAUAGGUACUACAGUUACGAUUCUAUAACAACGCAUUUAUUCCAUUUAAAGUUAAAAAUUAGACGGAACACAAAAAAAAGUUAUUUUACAAAUGCACUUUAAUUUAGAAUUGCG